AUGGAGAAACCCCCCCAUGUCGAGGAAAAUAUCGGACAAGGCUCCAUUUAUUCGGACCCCGAGGCCGAAAGGACAUAUCGUAGAAAAGUUGACUUCUUGGUGCUGCCUAUGCUGUGUCUGAUGUACUUCUUUGACUGCAUGGAUCGCAGCAACCUGGCAAAUGCUAAAACAGAUGGCCUUGACAAAGACUUACAUCUCCAGGGCAAUGACUACUCGUUACUCAUUCUUCUGUUCUAUAUUCCAUUCGGCCUGUUCGACCUGCCGUGGAGCUUGUUGAUCAAGCGUUAUUCUGGUCGAGUCAUGCUCUCAUUUAUGUCUAUUGUUUGGGGAAUCCUUGCCCUUUGUCAAUGCGCGGCUAAAGAUUUCGGCUCAAUGCUCGCUAUUCGUAUGAUUCUGGGAGUUUUUGAAGCCGGCUUCUUUGCUGGGACGACCUUUUAUUUGACACUUUUCUACACCCGGGGAGAAAUGGGCUUUCGCCUCGCUAUUGUACAGUCAUUCGCUGUUCUGGCCUCCGCUUUCAGUGGACUGAUCUCUUUCGGCGUCUUCCAAAUUAACAGUCCGUCAGUGAAGGGGUGGCAAUACUUGUUUAUUAUCGAGGGCGGAAUGACGCUCCUAAUUGGCAUCAUGGGUAUUUUCGUAUUACCUCAUAGCCCACAAACUGCCUGGUUCCUGAACGCUCGGGAGAGAGAGUCAGCAACAGCCCGACUGCUUCGAGACUCUUCAUCGGAAGUUGCAACCAGCUUCAACCUUAAGGAAUGCUUUCAGUCCUGGAAGGACUGGCAGUUCCCUAUCUGGUGCAUCAUCACUUUUACAUACCCCGUUGCCUACGCGACAGCGAUGAACUUUUUCCCUCUCAUCGUGCAACGUCUCGGAUAUUCCGUGGUCAAGACAAAUCUGUGGACUGUAGCACCAAAUCUUGUCGGUGCAGUGGUGCUGCUCUGCGUCGCCAAGUCAUCAGACUAUUUCCGCGAGAGAACAUUUCACAUUGUAUUUUCCCUGACUCUUUCCCUUGUAGGUAUGGUUAUCUUAGCCGCUAUUGACGUGAUCCAACACAAAGCGGUGGCCUAUUUUGCUUGUUUUCUGAUGGCAUCUGGAGCAUACAUCCCAUCAUGCCUCGUUCAUGCUUGGCACAAUAACAAUACCGUCCAUGAAAACUCCCGAGCAGCCAAUACAGGACUUUUUGUCGGGUUGGGGAAUAUGGCUGGGGUGCUGAGUGCCGGUACUUUUCGCACAGAAUACGCACCCAAGUAA